AUGAAAGGUCUCUGCUGGCGUUACACUCGGCUGCCCAGCCAGGUGGAGGACGCUCUGUCUGGGGAGGAGGGUGAGGAAAAGGAGGAGGAGACAGCCCCAGCCCCAGCUUGUGCUCCGGAAGAUCCAGUGGAGCCCCAGCUGGCAGAAGCCAGCCAGGUUCUGGGAGCCUCGGAGAUGAGGCAGAUCAGCCUCCACCUCCCCCCGAGAGUCGCUGGACACUCCUGGAGUCUGGCCUUUCGCACGUCGAGGGACGGCUUCAGUCUGCGGAGCCUGUACAGGCAGAUGGAGGGCCACAGCGGGCCGGUGCUGCUGGUGCUGAGGGACCAGGAUGGCCAGAUGUUUGGGGCCUUCUCCUCCUCGGCUAUUCGACUCAGCAAAGGCUUCUACGGUACUGGCGAGACGUUCCUCUUCUCCUUCUCUCCACAGCUGAAGGUCUUCAAGUGGACAGGAAACAACUCUUUCUUCGUGAAAGGAGACUUGGAUUCACUGAUGAUGGGCUGUGGCAGUGGACACUUUGGGCUGUGGUUGGAUGGAGACUUGUAUCACGGGGGGAGCCACCCCUGUGCAACCUUCAACAACGAGGUGCUGGCCCGGCAGGAGCAGUUCUGCAUCAAGGAGCUAGAGGCCUGGGUCCUGAGCUGA